CUCAUUGUAAACCUCAACAACAUACGAGACAAUCAAUAGUAUAAUUUAUAUAAAAGAGAGAGCGUUGAGAAAAGAAAGAGAGAUGUCCAGAGUUUUGUCAGUCGUUUGUGUCUUCCUUGCUCUGACUGUCGUCCAUGCACGUGCUCGUCAAGUGCCGGGUGAGUUUGAUGAGGGCAAGACGACGACACAUGACGAUACAACCACAACGCUCGUGCAUGCAAGUGCCGCUGAUCAGGCACCACCAAAAAGCCUCGGUGACAAAAAAUGCAUCGGAGGCGUAGCAGGAGUCGGCGGAUUCGCGGGAGUUGGUGGUUACGCCGGCGUGGGAGGUCUAGGUCUGCCACUCAUUGGAGGUCUUGGCGGUAUUGGUAAAUACGGUGGCAUAGGCGGUGCAGCUGGAAUCGGUGGUUUCCAUGGCAUAGGCGGUGGUCUAGGCGGUGUAGGAGGCGGUCUAGGCGGCCUUGGUGGAGUCGGUGGUGGGAUCGGUAAAGCAGGAGGUAUCGGUGGUGUUGGCGGUCUAGGCGGAGCUGGGGGUGGUUUAGGUGGAGUUGGUGGUGGAAUUGGUAAAGCUGGUGGUAUUGGCGGUGUUGGCGGUCUAGGCGGAACCGGGGGUGGUAUAGGUGGAGUCGGUGGUGGUGGUAUCGGUAAGGGAGGCGGUAUUGGUGGUGUUGGUGGGAUUGGCGGUGGACACGGCGUCGUUGGUGGCGUUGGCGGUGGGAUACUUCCACAUCCUUGAUGAAGAUACGAAGCUUUGGUAGAGUUUUGUGUUGAUUAUCCUUAGGGUGACUUUUGAUGUAUUUUCUUGUUUGGGUUUGUGUAACGUUUCCUUCGAUUUGGCCAUCGUGUUAUGUAAUGUGUGACUAUGUUUAGUCGUUGAUCAUAGUUACGUUUGUUUUAGUAUGAAGUUAUCUGCUA